CUUGGAAUUUAUGGUAUGAAGUAGAUUAUUAUAGAACCAGAAUUAUAAAAUUUAAUUCAAAUUUAUGUAGCCCAAACUUUGAUAAUUAUUAUUUGGAUGAAUUAUAAACAAGGAGAAAAAAGUAAUUAAUUGAAAAAUAAUAAGGUUUGAUAGCAUAGUCUACAGAUUCAGUGAAUAAUGUAAAAUAAACAGAUUAGGAUGAUGAUGACAUAUCAAGUGUAGUAGAUUAAAAAGUAAAUAAAAAUAAGUAGAUUGAUCAUUGAGGAUUUGUUUUCAAUUAUUAGGGAGUAUUGGUAAUUAAGAAGAAAGUUAACUGUUAAUGAUUAGAAAUAAUCUUCAGAUUUUAAGU